AUGGAGUUCCAACAGGAUGAGAACGACUUUAUAAAUGAACUGCUAGGACAUGCCGGACUGGGUGAGCUGACCGCAACUACACAGCCGGCAUCGGAAGCACUUGACCCUGGAGGUUCAUUUGAGGCUGCUGGAAGGGCGCCAGGUUUUGAGCAAGUUCACAUGAGACACCCAUAUGCAGGCUCAACUCCUGCAAAGCAACAGGAGCUGUUGCAGCGGCGGGAACAGCAAGAUCUUGGAAGCUACGGCAGCGAGUUUCUUAUUGACGAGCAUCUAGCGCAGGCGCAGGCCAACGCAUUCUUUCAGGAGUCUUUCCAGGACCCACCGCAUGCGUCAUCAUUCCAGAAUGAGGUUCAGGAGGACCAUCUCUCACGACUUGCGGAAGACCCGGUCUCCUCGCUCGGGUCGAGCGUUGCAACGAGUGACUUUUUAUCUCCGUCCACAUCGUUCAGCUUCCACUCCCAGGGCCCGCUGGACUCUGUGGACUCCCCCAGCUAUUCUCAGUACCUAUCAUCGAGCCUCCGCUCGCCAUCCAAUAGCUUCCGACAGGGGAACUAUCUUUCAACGUCACUUCGCGCUCAGCAACUCAAUCCGCGUUUCUCUUCGGUGGGAAGUACUGCCGCAAACACACCUGGAGACCUUGGCAACUCGUCUGCAUUAUCGCAAGAGGAAAAACUGCGCAGGCGACGUGAAUUUCACAAUGCUGUCGAAAGACGGAGACGCGAAUUAAUAAAACAAAAGGUAAAAGAGCUUAGCAAGAUGAUACCGCCUAGUCUUCUCAACUACAAUGAACAGGGAAAAGAAAUAAAGGCUAAUAAGGGUGUCAUACUCAACAGGUCCGUCGAUUACAUGGACUACUUACAGCAAGUUCUAGAGAUUCAAGAUCGCAAGCAUCAAUUUUUGUUGAAGAAAGUACGAGAAUUGGAAUCAUUUCAACACGCUAUGAACACCAGUAGGAGCCGGGGCCCUGCUUCCAAAAACACAGCCAGCGACUCUCCUGACCAGGUCAUUGAUACCCGCGGGGCGCCGGUAGCGGGUGAAAAUUCCUCAUCUACGCCAUCCACCACAUUUCAGGAUGACCUGCAACAGUUCCUGUCAGGUGAUAUAAUUGAAGCAGAGGAUAACGCUAAAUUGAUGUUUGGGGGCGAGGGAGAAGGUACUGCUGCAGAUUUUCUGUUAAGUUUUGGGAAAUAG